AUGCAGGCCUCGGCUCCCCUACGACCCUUCGUCACCUCAUCUAUCACCGUACGAUCGAGAUCCAACGGCCGCCUGAUCCUCUCCUCUCGCCCCUGCCUCCUCCCACCCCUUUGCCCGCCCGUCCGAUCACCUCCGGUGGCCGCACCGCCCUAUCUCAGCCGCCGUGCGCACUCGCCCCUCCGCGACGUCGCCGUCCUUAUGGCGUAUCCGGGCUCCUCCUCGACUCCUGCCAGCCUCGCGGAGCUACACGAUGCCCCCGACUUCGAUGCCCUCGUCGACCCCGAUGGCUACCUCUCCGUGGUAGGCUUUGGGUCUCUCCUCUCCGAGAGGAGCGCGAGGAGCACUUUCCCCGAUCUCAAGAACUUUCGGGUUGCGGUGCUUCGUGGGUUCCGGCGCGUCUUUGCUCACGUUGCGCCGAUCUUUUUCGAGCGUGGCAUUGCCAACGAGGAGACGGGGGAGGUCUCCAGCUUGAGUGUGGAGCCAUGCGAGGGGGAAUUCCUUAUAGUGACUGUCUUUGAGAUCAAGAGUGAAGAGGUUCCUGCCUUCAUUGAGAGGGAGAAUGAAUUCAGAUUCUUAGCAGUGGUUCCUGAAGGUUUGGAUGGGAUUCCUUUUACCAGUCCUGCUGUCGUUUGUGCUCGCUACAGCGAUGAAGAGUAUUUUCAGAUUAGAUGCAAAGGCAACAAAGAUAUUUUUUUCCAGCAUUACGGACGAUAUAACAUACAAAAAAUAUGGCGAGAUGAUAUUUUGCCUUGUCGCAUUUAUCUUAGGCAUUGUGUUUUGGCAGCAAGAAAUCUUGGGGAAGCAGCUUAUGAGAAUUUCUUGGAUCAUACCUUCAUCAGUGACCGCAAAACGAGUAUCCGCCAAUACCUGACCUCAACUGGAUCAGGAAUUAUGGAAGAAGAGCCACCAAAAUCUCUCAGAUACAGAUAUGGUGGGUGAAGAUGGCCGGAACUUGCCCUCUUCCUCAAAAGCAUGCUGGAGAUCUCUCAGUAACAGCAUGUUGAACUGCUUCUUUGGAAUAUUUGCAUCUGCAGCUAUUGUAUUUCCUGCUGAACAUGGGCAGAUGAACAUUAUUUUUUUUGUAAUACUUACAUUAUUCAGGCAGUAUUUUGGAUUUAUGUUA